UAUUUAAAUGACGUAAAGCCGUAGUACAUAUAGUUUAGAUAUUAAUAUAUUUCAAAAAUAUAGCUAUUAAACACGUUUGUUUAAUAAUUACGAACAUUUUCCAGUGUUCCAUUUAACACUAUAAAGUUUUAAAAUUAUUUUCAUUUUUGUAUAUAUAAAUUUAUGUGUGUAAGCAACAUAUAGAAAUAUGAAUAUAUCUGCGUUAUUAAAAUUAUUAUCCCAGAUGUUCCUCACGUUUAUCAUCUACUGCUUUAUCCUAAUCUUAAUGCCCAUUAUGUGGGCGCUAAUAAUAUUCUUCUAUUCAUUCAAAAAAUUACUCGAAUUGUACUUGAUGAUAAAAUUUAGAAGGAAAUUUGGCGGUAUGCUUUAUGCCUCUGACGAAUUGAUGUUGGAAAAGGACACCCAAAAGAAUAUAAUCUCCUCUAUACUUAUCAUUAAAACCGAAAAUGAUAUCACAGAUGUAUUUCAAAAAAUAACAGCUAUGGUAGAAUAUGGUGUUAAGCACGCUGAAAAAUUUCCGAAAUUAUCGAGCACAGUACAUUCUUGUUGUGGUUAUGGAUAUUUAUUGAGGAAAGAUAUAGAUGUACACCAGUGCGUGAGAACAAUUACAGUCGAUGAAGAUAGUGAUAAAACAAUUAAAGAUGUUCUUUAUGAAAUUAACAAAUCCGAACUACCUUACGAUAAUAAAUUCCUUUGGCAAUUUGUACUUGUGACCGGUCCAAAUGAAUGGAAAUUACGUCAAAAUAUCAGAGAAGAUCAAAUGUAUCUUCUGCUUAGAGUUCAUCAUGUAUUUGGAGAUGGCUUAUCAAUCAUCAAAGCCUUCAUAGGGAUGCACUCGUCUGUAGAUUUGAGCAAUAUUAAAAAGGUUUUAGGCAAGGCUAAUAAGAAAAAUAAUAUAUUGGUAAAAAUGUUGGAACUUAUCUGUUUCCCUUUCUUAUUACCUCACACCUUAAUGAUUAACAAAGCUAGAAAAUCUUCUAGUCUUGGUUAUAUGGAACCCACAGGAUCGGAAACCACCAGCAGCAGAAAGUUUUAUUUCAAAAUAGAUGAAGAUGACACUAUUAUCCGUUGCGUAAAAAGAAUAAAGAAGGCUAUAGGUAAUACUGCUUUUGUGGAAGUAGUUUUAACAUCAAUUUCUGCGAGCUUAGAAAGAUAUUCUGCUAAUAACUGCAUUAGUAUUCCCGAAGCAGCCAUUACUGUUGCACCCACUAUGCAUAUUGAUAUGAAUGAAAGAAAAAAAGACGUAGAAACGAAGAAUAGAUUUGGAUUACUUGUAUUUCAAAUGCCAAUUUCACUUGAGUCGCUUUCAUUGUCGGACAGAUUAACAGAACUAAAAAAAGCGACUAGAAAAAUAGCUAAUUCAGGACAUCUUAAGGUUACGUUUUUGCUUAUAAAUUACAUUAUAGGACUAUUUCCCAAUAAUUUGGCUAGAUACUUAUUCAAUGUGGACAACUAUGGUAUAUGUUUUAGUAAUAUACCGUCAUUACCUAAAGUACGUUUGCUCAAUGGAUUAGAAAUAGAACAUAUGGUUUUCUUUCCACCUGUUAAAGGAGCUAGUGGUGUGGCUUUUGGUUUAUCAACUUUUGAUGAUAAAAUACAUUUGGGCCUCGCAGUUAAUGAUAAAAUAAUGAUUAAUCACGAAGAUUGCCAGAAAAUAGUGGAUGAUGUUUUCCAGUUUAUUAGAUUAUUUGAUGAAGAAUUGCAUAUGAAGGAAUUACCAACGAAAUUCGUCAGUAUCAAAUUAUAAAACAAAUACUUAAUCAGAAUUAAAAGUGAAAAACUAAAUUGG